CCUGAACGAAAACGAAUAGAGGAGGCUCUUGUAUGCAGCCGCCUACCUGUGUCUCAUUAAACUGACCUUCAUCGUGCGCAAGGAGUGCCGAAUUAGUGAAGCGACUUGUAUGGACUUCAUUUGUAUUUAAGCGAAGGUAAACAUGAGUAAACCUAACACCUCCAAACUUAAGAAACUUUUUAUGAAAUCAAAGUCAACGGAAAAGGAAAACCACAUUGAGGAGAAACAUGUCCAGGUGCCGCGAAGUGAGAUCUCCAGUCCCGGCGCGAAGUCAGCGACCCUACCGACGAGUCCGUUGGGUGUCGGGAGCGCAGCGAAUGAUGUCUUCUCCUCACCUACGAGUCCUGUGAAGAAGCGAUUUGGGUCGCUGCGAAUUCGGAGAUCAAAAUCAAAGGGACUCAGCAGCGGUUCUAUGGUCAGCGACACGGACUCUAUGAAUUGCUCGUUUGCAGAUGAUGAUGAAAAUUCCUUUAUGUAUGCCGAGACCUCCUCAACCCUCAGUCUGGAUAUCUCCCGUCUGUCCAAGAAGAACUCUGGGGAGAGGGAAGGAGGAGUGUUCAAGCGUCUGGGCAGUUUCUUGGGCCUUCAGAAGAAGAAGAGCCGCAGUGCCUCCCAGAGCAGCCCGGGGUCACCCAGCGCCGGGGCGACCACCCCCUCGGUCCUCAGCGACGCCACCAGCAUCUGCAGCAUCGCCUCCAUCAUCGAAGACGGCGGCGACCUCCCAUUCGCGGACUGCUCCGAGGGCAGCGAGACCGAGAGCGUCCGGGGGGUGCAUGUGUGCGAGCUGAAAAGCGAGAUUGAGAAGAGCACAGAGCAUCUGCCGGAGGGCCAGGCGGACGAGCAAGGUCCAGGCAGCAGGAGAGGAUCAGGGGCAGACCAGCCUGAGGUGAGCGAGUGGAGUCUGGUGGACGAGGUGAACAAGAAGCUCCAGGAGCACCAGGAGAAGACCGCAGGCAGAGAGGGAUCAGAGCCCAGCAAAGCACAGACCGCUCAAGCCACUAUCACAAGCCCCAGUCAGGUCAAAUCCCCUGUGAAAAAGACCGUUGUGAUACCUGCACUCAGUAACCGUAGCAACUACUCAGCUCUUGUGGGCGUGACUCUCGGUUCCAAGUCCCGAAAUUCGAGUGUCACCGGCCCCAUCACCGAGGAGGACGAGGAGGGGUGCGAGACAGAGGGAGGUGACGGCAUGGGGAGGAAGGGCGCCGCGCGCCGGAAGCCCCGCAAGCUGAGCACUGCGGAGCCUCUGUCCCCCACGCAGACGCACACACCCACGCAGGCUGGGCCGCGGGGUGAAGAGGUGGGUCCCUCCACAGACUCACCUGUGCUGACCCCACCUCCCGCACCUGUUGGAGCACAGUCAGGUGUGACGCCAACACCUGAGCCAGAGGUGCCUGCUUCAACACGGCAGACUGCACACACACCCUGCUCAAAAGAGGAGUUGCUCACACACACACCCUCACCGGAGGGGGACCAAACUGCCGCUCAGCAGGAGGCUCAGAGCACAGAGGAGAAGCGCAGGAGUGUGAAGCUUUCCCACAGAGAGAAGGUGUUCGCCAAGCGUGUGUCUGUGAGCCCCCAGGCCAGCGUGGACAACACUGACCAUACAGCCCAAGAGCUUGACCCAAGGAGUGAGACUGGACAGACGUCAGUAAAACUAAAUGUGAAAGUAGAAAGCAAGCAGCUGCUAGAGGAGACAACAGAGCCUGGGACAGAUGCUCCUGAGGAGAAUCCAGGCAUUCAGCACGUAGACAAACUUCCCACAGCCACUGUCAACACCGAAAUGCCAGUUUCCAAAUUGCAAAUAAGCCGGCUGGGGUCAGGGGUCGUCAGCAGACCAAUCAGACAGGCGGACAGUGAACCUAAUGAGUCUCCUACCUCAGCUCAGCGCCCGCCAGUGGCCCCAAAGACCAAAGCAACAGCAGAAAAGGGCCGGACCUUGUUGGUGAGUGAUGGGGAACCACAGAAAACUCCCAAGACCGGAAGGGAACCCAGGUCGCCUACAAUAAAGGAGUCACCUAACAACAGCCAGACAGAGAUUAAGUCUAAAAUUCCAAAAAUGUCUUUCUCUGAUGGUGCUCCAAAAACUGCCCAAGGAACGGAUGGCAGUGGAGAUGUUAGUGGUCGUUUGACAUUUGGGAAAGAGCGAGAAGAAAAGGGGAACGGGCCAAAGUCAGAUGACCCUAAUUUAGGCGACCGGAUUGCUUUGUUGCCUGGGGAGACUGAGACGAAAACAGACGGAAAAAUCCUGAAGGCGCCCAGUGCCACAAGACCAACCACAGAGGCAGUGCCAGGGUCUGAGGAGGCCACACCCUCUGAGGAGCCUGCCAGCCCCCUCCCACUGAGAGAGGCUGACAACAGGCACAUUAGCCGAGACCAAACAGGAAAGCCCUCUGAAUUGACUACAGUAGAGAAAAGUCUGGAGAGGAGACAGGGCGCUUUUUUGAAAAACACAGGCGCACCAAGUGGACCCAAGGAAAAUUACAGUGUUAAAUCACAAGCACAGACACCCAUGGCCAAGAGCAGGCUCCCUAAAGUCACUGAGGGCGCCUCAGUCAGGAAGCCCGUCGACGGUAAAGUCAAGAUAAGUGACUCAGGUGGAAAGAGCGCCCUGCUCAAAAACAGAUUGGCAAACAUGGCCCCUCUCUCCCCUUCCAGGAGCAACCAGCAGCAGCAGCCGCAGCUGAGCACAGACGGUGCUGGCCCCUCCCUCCAUGAGAGCUCCAGGAAAGGCAAAUCAGAGGCCUCACCUACAGGAAGUCGGCUGCCCCGCCCCUCUCUGUCCAGCCCCCCCUGGCAGUCUUCGAGCGAGGACUCCAGCCACGGAGAGGGUGAGUCACUCAGCCCAACGGUACUGGCAGAGGCCAAGCCAGAGAAACGUGACUCACAGUGUACAAACGGACACAGCGCUGACAGCAGAGGCUCAGACGCUGAACACAGUGGAACUGUGAGAGCUGCAGCUGUAGAAGGCGCCUCAGGAGUGGAGCAAGGAGAGAGCUGCAGCCCAAACAAGAAGCCUCCUCUGGCUAGAAAACCCCUCCCAUCCCGCCUCAAGAGCCCCACAAAACUCAAAACUUUGAGGGGUGGUGAGAAGGCGGAAAAUUCUGCCCAGCUCGCAGCUCCAGUGACAGAGCAGCAGACUCCAGAGCAGGGACUCGCAAAGAAGUCCUCCACAGAGAAGGCUGAGAGAGAGGCAGUGGCUGUUACUGACAUGGGCAACACACCGAGCGAGACAAACUACAGCAGCAGCAGUGAUGAGACUGUUACGAAAUCCGACGCAGAGUCCACUGACUCCGGGGGCUGUAAAUCUCAAACAAAUGAAGAGCAGACCAAGCCAGAUGUGGAUCCCGCGGACAAGGUACAGCAGAGCAAGCCAGAUGUGGGCCGCCCCGCGAGGAUGGAAAGUAAACAUGCGCAAGAGAAAGGAGAAAAGGGAAAAUCAAGCAUGGUGAGUGUAGCAGGGCAUGUGGUGGAGAAGCAAGCUCCUGCAAAGCCUGCUGUGGAGAAGACGACCAAACAGAAAGGGAAAGACCCAGAGGAGGUGAAGACAAACAAACCCACCUCAUCUAACUUGCCUUCAUCAAACAUCGAACCGCCUAUGAGCCCAAAGAACAGAGAGGCUUGUAAAACCACAGCAGAAGUUUCUGAGGAAAAGCCUGCUCCUGAGAAGGCUGUUGAGAAGACACCAAAACAAAAAGGAAAGGAUAAAUCAGAGCAACAGGAAGUGAAAUCUCCCAAACCUAUCCCAUCUGAUCACACCUUUGCACUUCUAAAAGACAAGGAAUCAGCUACUGCUUCAGUAGAAUGUGUAGAAAAAAAGCCGGUUCCUGAAAAGAUGUCUGUAGAAAAGACACCAAAACAAAAAGGAAAGGCUACAGCUGAACCACAGGAAUUAAAAUCUCCUAAGCCUCCAUCACCAGACCGUGUCGACAAACCUCCCAAGAGUCAGAAAAACACUGCAUCAAUCCAGAAUGCCUCAGACGUCUCCAAAGAAGUGAAGGCUAAGCACACGGAGAGGCCAGUGGAGAACGGCCUGGAUGCUACUGCAGCAGGUCCACCCACAGCAGUGUUUACUGCAGUCACAGAGAAAGACUUAAGCAAAGCUGAGAAGGAAACAUCUCGAGAGAGUCAACAGAGGAGCGUCACAGAAUCCCUGAAGAAAGAAGAAACCGUUUUAACACCAGAGGAGAGCAAACCAUUGGUUGCAGAUGCACCUGUGAACACAGGUGAAGCGAGAGAAAUGAGGAAAAAGAAAAAGAGACAUUCAAAGACAGCAGAGGAGACUGCAGAGAGCAUUAAGACCCCAACUGAUAAUAGCGAAAUACAGCAAGAAAUUGAGAAACUAGCAGACAAACCCAAAGAGCAACAGGACUCCAAAGACUCCCAACAGAUGAAUAAAACUCUGAUACAGAACACCACAAACCAAAAUAAAGUCGAAGAAGCACCAAAGAUCAUUUCUUCCAAAUGUCCAGAUGAGAAACCAGUGACUCUCUCCAACUUGCCAAAACCAAAGACAAGAGAUGCUGAACAUGCUCCUAAAGAGCACAUGGCACCUGUGGUCUCUCCGGCCAUUCAAGAUCUCCUGCCCAUUAAAAACAAAGCUGAAGUCAAAGAGAAAGUGACAUUUGCUGCCUUAAACCCCCAGGAGGACACUGAGAAGUCUAAAACUCAUAAAGCAACCACAGUAGUCAACGAUCCUCCCAAAAACCUCCUCUCCCUGAACCUCAGCUCCACAAAGAAGUGUAAUCAGGAUGCCCCAUCCAGCUGGCUAGAUGUAGACAACAAAUUUGGCAAGAAGCGUGCAGAGAGGAAUAUGGAUUGCUCUGUCAGUGAUGACGACAACCUUGAUGCAUCGGACGACUUUGAUAACUUCAUCCGGAACAUCAAGGAGCUGGGCACACCUUUCUCAUUCCCUCCCAGGAGACCUGGCCAGGCCAAGCUGCCCUCCCCUCCCUUUGCGAUGCCCGCCAUCAAGGAAGACAACUCUGAGAAGGUAUUCGACCCCAAAACGUUUGAUUUUGGGAAAAGGAAAAAGAACUUCGCAAGAGAUCUGUCUCCCGCUAUGGUCAUUAACAGAAGUAACAGGGACAAAACCAAGGUCCCACGCAAGCGCAUGACCGAGGACAGCAUGAUAUACCACGAAAUCAAGUCCUCCUCACGACCAAGCUGCGAAGAGAGAGCUGGAAGAGAGCACCACAGGGGCGAGGGCAAACUCCUCGAUGAGGACGACAACAUAGACAAAGAGGCAGCUGAGGAGAGUGGGUUGGCUUCGUCAAGGCUGGGGCGAAUCUCCAUCUUGUCCAGUCUAAUGCAGUGGAAUAAACCUGUUAGGACUCCUUUCUCUGCUAUGCCUGAGGCAGGUGAGGCCGUUACCCCUGCAGAGCGUAGCUCACCUGAGUUACAACCCAGUCCCACCUGUCCGUCUCCACCUUCCUUUACUGACGUCCAUCUGCCUGACCUGCUGGAGAAGUAUGUCAAGAAGAAUGACACCCCUGCCAGUAAUCCAAAGGCCUUUGAGCCACCUUCUCUGCUGCCAACACAGGAAAAUAACAGUGCCCCAAAUCCACUCACCUCAGGCAUACAUCAGCACAACCUCCUUGGACUCACCCCUCCUCCACACAUCAUCCAGCCUCCACCUAAGAGCAAACUACCACCAACACCGGUCAAGAUUCCCACAUCAAGAGGAUUCCACAAACGCCCAGGAAAGAUGGUGGUGUUUGAGCAGGCUGAGUUUGGCGGCCAGGCGGCUGAGAUCUUUGGGGACGUGGAGGAUGCUUCCUUCCUGCAGCUGUCUCCUGUCAUCUCAAUCAAGGUGGUCAGAGGAUGCUGGCUGCUAUACGAGAUGCCGGGGUUCCAGGGCCGGAUGGUGGCUCUGGAGGAAGGGCCCAUGGAGCUGCAGAACAUGUGGCCGGAACCGGAGCCACCGGGACUCGCCAUGCCAACGACCCCCUUGAAGAUCGGAUCCAUACGGCUGGCAGUGAGGGACUACAGCAUGCCGAGAAUCGACUUGUUCACUGAGCCCAACGGUCUGGGCCGCGUCUCCACCUUCACCGACUUCACCCCGGAGGUGUGCUCUUACUCCAUCCCCCAGAACACCGCCUCCAUCAGAAUCCACUCUGGAGUGUGGUUGGUGUAUAGUGACCCAGGGUUUCAGGGUAUGUUAUCAGUGCUGGAGGCUGGAGAGUUUCAUUAUCCAGAGGCCUGGGGCUUCCCAAGCCCCUUUGUGGGAUCCCUGAGGCCCCUGAAAAUGGGUGGGAUUAAAGUGGAAAAUCCAUAUGACGUCAAGGCCUUGGUCUACGAGAAGGCCCAGUUCCAGGGAGAGUGCAUGCUGCUGGACUCCGACGUUUGGGACUUUGGAGAGGGGGAGGGAGAGGAGGAGGAGGAGAAGGAGGAGGAGAAAGAGGGAGAGGAGGAGAGAGAAGGAUGCCCCAACAGCCCAGCUGACAGGAAGAAGACACUGAGCACUGUGGGCUCCAUCAAGAUAGUUGGGGGAUUGUGGGUGGGUUAUGGAGAGCCUGGUUUUGAGGGUCCACAGUAUCUUCUGGAGGAAGGGGAGUAUGCAGACUGUUCAGCCUGGGGAGGCUUAGGGGACACACUGAUGUCUCUACGACCUGUGCAGUCGGAUCUGACGUCCCCCCAUCUGAAGAUGUUCAGUGAGCUGGAUUUCGGGGACAGAGGUGUGAACAUAGACCUGUUUGUUCCUGUGCCGAAUAUGGAAAAUACUGGAUAUGGCUCAAGGACAAGGUCUAUGGAUGUGCUGUCUGGCAUCUGGGUGGUGUUUGAGAAGGAGGGCUUCUGUGGUGAGCUGUACGUGCUGGAGAAGGGCCUCUACUGCACCCCUGAGGACUGGGGCAGCAGGACCCCGGCGGCGGCCUCCGUCUUGCCUGUGAUGCUGGACAAUGUGGAUACUUUGAGCAAGUUUAAGGCACUGCUGUUCCCCGAGCCUGGGUUCCAAGGAGAACCGCUGCUUCUGGAGGACAGCACAGCCAGCCUUCCUGAUGGGUUCCGCCUAAGCUCGUGCAAGGUUCUGUCUGGAAGCUGGGUGGCAUUUGCAGGGCCUCAGUUUACAGACCUGAUGUAUGUGCUUGAGGAAGGGGAGUAUUCAACUCUGGAAGCCAUGGGCUGCGAGGACACACAGUCUGGCAUCUGCUCCAUUCACACCAUAGCACACGAGUUAUCUCUUCCCUCCAUCACACUCUUCUUCAAGCCUGACCUCAGAGGCAGGAGGACAGUGUUGACAGACAACGUAGUGAACCUGUCACUGGCAGGCAUUGAUGGCCGCACACGCUCAACACUGGUCAGCGGCGGCAUCUGGGUAUUGUAUGAGCAGAGCAAUUACAGAGGGCGGCAGGUCCUCCUCCAUCCCGGCAAUGUAUCUGAUUGGCUGCAGUUCAGUGGCUGGCAACGAAUCGGAUCCCUGCGUCCUCUGAUGCAGAAACCGGUGUAUGUGCGUCUGCGCAAUGAGGAGUCAGGCUUUGUGAUGUCGCUGAGUGGACCGCUGGACGACAUCAAGCUGCUGCGAGUGCAGGCCCUGGAGGAGAGCGGAGGGCCUGAGCAGAGCUGGCUCUACUGCAACGGCCUGCUGCGCUGCAAGCUGGUGGAGGACUGUUGCCUGGAGACAUCAGGCACUGUGGUGAUGGCCGGCUGCCGGCUGACCGUCUCGGCCGAGGCGGGGAAGGAGAAUCAGCUGUGGGACAUCACACCGGACGGACACAUACGCACACACAUCAACCCUGAGCUGGUGCUAGAGAUCAAAGGCGGCCAGCAGUACGACAGGAACCAGGUGGUCGUCAACACGUUGGACGAGAGGAAGGCCAGCCAGAGAUGGAUGGUGGAGAUCCUAUAACCGCCUGCCUGGCCACCACCACACUAAUGACUGACAUCGCAGAGCCCUGUGUCCUCACAGAUCUCCGCAAGAGGCCUCUCAUGAACUCUCAAGAGCCAAGGAGAGGACCUCUUCAACAUCGGCUACUUCUUGAGGCCUCUGUGGACGUCAACGCUAGCACCACACAGCAGCUCAGUGAAAAGCGUUGGACUUCAAAGGGCUGGUGUUUGUGUAACCAAGCUCGCUAGCAAUCAAGUUCCCCUGACCUUCCCCUGUGCACUAAUUUAUCUGGCACUUUUUUGAAGAACAUUCCGGAACCACUCAUGUGUUCUCAAGCCUACUUUAAACAUCACUAGAACCCCAGUUUGAAUGUCGACCAGACACAGGGAGUGUGGACCCACGUCUGGAAAAUGUUUAGCCUUAAGACGCUCUACAUGUAUGUGCACAUUACGGACCAAUACAACUUUUGUGCUUCCAUAAUAGAGUCAGGUUAUGACUAACCAAGCCGUUUUUGGCAUUGCAUGAAUCAUCUGACCUUCAUGUGGCUUUGUAUAUUAUACUACACUUCACUACACACACACACACACACACACACACACACACACACACACACACUUCUGCACAUGCUGAAUAUGGCUUCUGAUGGAAGCCAUGUAGGUGUUUACUAAAAGUCUGACAUUACAUUAUUAAAUUUUUAGCACAAAUGUCUGUAAAUGUAUGAUUUUCCAUAAUGUAUUACUUUCUAAGCAUAUUUGUUUGUUGAAUCUCAAACCCACGUGUCUGUAAUCCCACACACACAAGCAAUAGACACAAAAACUCGCUGUAAGAUGCUGCCAUGGUUGGAUAUCCGUAAUGGAUAUACAGAUAUACAGAUGUUUUUGCUCUGCAACUGGUUUUGUUCUUGUAAAUGUUGGACUUUUCUAGAAAAUACUGAUACUGUUACAUUCCAAAGGAUUAAACUGUCUUUUAUUGUC